AUGACUAUGCAGCAGGCAUCUCAGGCUCUGCAUUAUGGCUGCCCUUUGGUAGCCGCUCUUUUUAUCGUGGUCUGUUUUCUCAGGAGCAGUCCAACCAAAAAAAAGCGACAUAGUCGCUCUAAACGCAGAACACGGCUUCGAGCGUUCUUGACGGCUUUCGUUGUGCUCACAUACAUCACCCAGACAGCUUUGAGCAUCACUAUCAAUGACCUUGACCGAUCUCAAUCAUUCCUUGUGCAUAUGACCUCCCAGGCUGCUGUUUGGUCUGCGGUGUGGCUGCGGCAAGACAAUCCUUCCAAGUAUGAGUUGGCCGGCGCGUCAGUCGUCACCGCUGGUUUCGAGAUUCCACUCCUUGUGAUCGCAUUGUUCCACAAAUCGAGGCACUGGGAACCAAUCGCACAGAUUGUUUUUUCAGCCAUUCGACUUUCACUGCUUAUCUUGGUGGCGAUCACUCUUCUCUUGGAGAUCAGGCAGCGAAAGAAAAAGGUCUUGGACGAGUCGCGUCCCUUUUUGAAUGGAACACAAUCAACAUACGGCGCUGUCAAUAGCCCCGACUUGGAUGAUAGCAGUGCUCUAUCUGACAGCGAGAGCGAUUCCGAUAAGAACCAGAAUACGAGAGCUGCGCGAGUCAAGAGGCUCCGCAAAGAACGACUACAUUCGCUCGGCGGCUGGUGGAAUUACCUGAAAGACUUUAGCAUUUUUCUCCCCUAUUUGGUGCCUAGGAAUAAUCCCAAAGUUCAGCUGUGCAUUGCUAUCAGUGUUGUCUGUAUAGGGUUCCAUCGAGCUCUAAACAUUCUGGUCCCUCAACAAUUAGCCGAUGUUACCGAUAGCAUCUUCGCCCACGAAACGCCAUAUGCCUCAUUAGGGAAAUGGGCCUUGUUACAAGUCAUUGGUGGCGGAGCUGGACUAGGGUUAAUCGAAGCUCUCGUGAAAAUCCCGAUCAGGCAGUUUUCUUACCGGCAAAUCACCAACGCAGCUUUCAGCCAUGUCAUGAAUCUAUCGAUGGAUUUCCAUAUCGAGAAUGACUCCGCAGAAGUCAUGAAGUCGAUCGAUCAGGGGGCAGCUUUAAACAAUAUUCUAGAAAUGGCUAUUCUCGACAUUGGCCCGGCAGUGAUCGACUUGUUCAUUGGAUGUUUUGUUUUCUACUUGAAGUUCAACAUCUAUGCUUCUCUCUUAGUUGUCAUUGCUUCCAUUACUUACGUUUCGGCAGAAGUAUCUACUUCCAAUUGGAAUUUAGAACACCGACGUGAAUUGACACAGACGCAGCGAAAUGAAACUCGCAUUAUGCAUCAAGCUGUGCAAGGUUGGCAGACGGUCACCUAUUUCAAUCAGUUCUCUUAUGAGAGACUUCGCUUUAGUGAGGCGGUUGAUCUAUGCUUGAAAGCAAGUGCUAAAUUCGGUCAACGGCGAGCAAUCGGCAAGGCGCUUCUAGACCUACUCAAACCACUUUCUUUCGUUGGUCUUGCAUCGCUCAUAGUCCACGAGAUAUCCGUUGGCAGAGCCUCAACGGGUGACUUUGUUUUCUUUAUACAAUAUUGGUCCUCACUUAUCUCCCCAUUGGCCUAUCUCUCGUCGCAGUAUCGCUGGCUCGUUUCAGACCUAGUGGAUGCCGAACGUCUCUUAUACCUCUUUAAUUCCAAGCCCAGUAUCACUGAAAAGGAGAAUGCAACAAUCCUCAAGUCUGGAGACGGCCGCGUGCUAUUUAAAGAUGUCGGCUUCGCCUACGACACCCGGCUAUCAACUAUCAAAGAUGUGAAUAUCACCGUCGAACCAGGGACAACAAUUGCUCUAGUUGGAAGGACAGGCUCCGGAAAGACGACAAUCCUCAGACUCCUACUCCGACUUUACGACGUGACUUCUGGUAGCAUCGAAAUCGACGGCCAAGACAUUCGAGACAUAACCCUCAGCUCGCUACGUGAAACCAUCGGUGUUGUCCCACAAGAUCCGGUUUUAUUCAACGCGUCUAUUCUCGAGAAUCUGCGUUACGCUCGACCUUCGGCUACAGAUGAAGAAAUCCACGACGCAUGUCGUGCUGCAGCUAUACAUGAGAAAGUCUUAACCUUUGUAGAUGGGUACAACACCACGGUUGGAGAAAAUGGGGUCAAGCUCUCUGGUGGAGAAUUGCAGCGGAUAGCCAUUGCUCGGGUCUUCUUGAAGAAGUCACCAGUUCUUCUUCUAGAUGAGGCUACCAGUGCUGUGGAUUCAGAGACGGAGUCUGAAAUCCAAAUUGCUCUUGAUCGCCUGAGAGCUCGACGGACUACUUUUGUUAUUGCACAUCGGCUUUCAACUAUUGUUGGCGCUGAUAGAAUCCUUGUCUUGCAUGAAGGGCAGGUUGUUGAAAGUGGGUCUCACCAGGACUUGGUGAACCGGGGUGGGAGAUAUCAGACUCUUUGGGAGAAUCAAUUCGGUGGUGAUAAGAUUAAAAAAGCUUUGUAG